AUGUAUGGAAUGCUACUGGAAAGCAUACAGUACUUCGUACAGCUGCAGUACGGAGAAGACAUGUGGCUGGACAUUCUGGAGCGAGCCGGAGCAAAGCACACGGUUUUCAACACUCGGCAGACCUAUCCUGACGAUUUGAUGACGAAAUUAGCCGCGGGACUCGCAAUGCACACUUGCGAGACCGUCGACAACGUCAUGAAAUUUUUCGGCAAAUGCUUCGUACGGUUUUUCAACAAUCUCGGUUACGGCCGGAUGAUAAAGGCGACGGGGCGGUACUUUUGCGACUUCCUGCAGAGCGUCGACAACAUCCACAUGCAGAUGCGCUUCACCUACCCGAAAAUGAAGAGUCCCUCGAUGUACCUGACCCACGUAGAUCCGCAGGGGGUCGUUUUGGUCUAUCGGAGCACGCGCCAGGGCUUCACUCACUACUUCAUGGGGCAACUCUUUCAAAUAGCCGAGGAGCUUUACGAGACCUCGCUGGACAUCCGAGUUCUCGAGAGCUCGAACAACAUUCCCGGCACCAGGAGCGUCAUGGUCAAGUUCCGCAUUGACUUUGACAAUCGCAAUUACAUGGCGAAAAACUCGAGGACGAAGGCCCCGUUGUGCCAAGAACUCACGCCCGUCUCGUGCUCGCUGCUGUUGCGGCUCUUUCCCUUUGGCGUCGUCAUAGACAAGGACAUGCGCAUCCAAGGGGUCGGGGGCAGGCUGCUCCAAGCUUGCAACAAUGCGUCCUCGAUCCUCGACAAGCACGUCACCGAGAUCUUUCGGCUGCGCAGGCCCAAGGGCAUCAGCUUCACCUGGGCCAGCUUCAUGUAUCUGCACUCGGUCAUGUUCGAGCUGGAGCUCAUGAGGUCGACGAUAGAGGAGUGCGCCGUGGAUCCGCGGCAAGCCGAAAGCAGCGGCAGCGACAAUGGCAGCGAUCAUAGCGCGGCCAACAGUUUGAUGCUCGCGCGGAGGGGCAGCCACGGCACGCGGAACAUUUUACUCAAGGGCCAGAUGAGGUACAUCGACGACAUCAAGGCCAUCAUCUUCCUCUGCAGUCCACUGAUCAAUAGCCUCGACGAGCUGCUCAGUAUGGGCCUGUACUUGAACGACUUGAAUCCCCACGGACUCAGUCGGGAACUCGUGCUCGCCGGCUGGCAGCACUGCGGGAGGCUCGAGAUGAUGUGCGAGAAAGCGGAGCAACGCUCGCAAGAGUUGGAGCAGAGCUACGAGCUUCUCGAUCGUUGGAAGAACAAGAGCGACGAGCUCCUCUACUCUAUGAUACCGCAGAGCGUCGCCGACAGAUUAAGAGCCGGGGCCAGUCAGAUGGACACCUGUGAGUCUUUCGAGUCCGUGUCGGUACUGUUUUGCGAGCUCUGCGACCUGAAUUACUCGACCAUCGAGGGCGCCAUGGACAUCGUCUCGUCGAUGAAUGCGGUCUACUCGUGCUUCGACUCGCUCAUGGACAAGUUCAACGUGUACAAGGUCGAGACGGUCGGGCGCGUGUACAUGGCGGCUAGCGGAGCGCCGGACCGAACGCUGGAUCACGCGAUCAACGUGGCCGACGUGUCGAUCCAGCUGCUGGCGCAGGUUCGCUCGCUCAUCUUGCCGUCGGGCUUGGACCUUCAGAUUCGGAUCGGAAUACACUCGGGGCCGGCGGUCGCGGGCGUUGUUGGGAUAAAGGUGCCGAGGUACUGUUUCUUCGGCGACACUGUCAACACGGCCUCAAGGAUGCAGACUACCGGUCAACCCGGGAAGAUUCACAUAUCACCGCACACAAAGGCUCUACUACCGGAUGAUCGUUACGUCAUCGAGUCACGUGGAGUUGUCAAAAUUAAAGGCAAAGGCGAGAUGGAGACGUUCUGGCUGUACCCGAAGGAGGAGAGCGAACAAGGACCCAAGUUGGAGGAGGUGUCGAUCGAAUCGAUCUAG